GAGAUGAUCCCUGUUAUUCCCAAAUUGAAACCACGAGGUUGCUGUGAUGUUAUUUAUUAAAUUAUUUUUCUUUUAAUUCAAAGUAUUUAUAUCUUGAUUAACCAAAGAUAAUUCCGGAUUCAAUUGAUUCAACUGGGAGAUAGUCUUUGUACACAUUCAUGUCAUUUGAAUCAGUGGAUGAGCGUACUCAAGGAUUGAUUGAGGAUGAUUAUUAUACUUUACUCAACCUCGAUCGCAAUGCAACCCCUGAAGAAAUCAGAGACGCGUAUAAAAAAGCUAGCAGAAUAUAUCACCCGGAUAAACACACUGACCCAGUCCUAAAGAAACAAGCAGAAAUUUUAUUCACUAAAACUAAAAAAGCGUAUGAAGUUCUGAUUGACCCACAUAAAAGAGCUAUCUAUGAUGCACUUGGUGUUAAAGGAUUAGAAACUGAAGGCUGGGAACUCGUCCAAAGAACUAAAACACCCUAUGAAAUUCGUGAAGAAUUUGAAAGAUUAGAAAGAGAGCGACAAGAGCGUCGAUUACAACAAAGAGCCAAUCCAAGAGGAAAUAUUACAAUCGGAAUAAAUGCCACAGACUUAUUUGAAAGCUAUGAUGAUGAAUAUGAGGAAGAUGAUUACAUUGAGGAAGGAGGCUUUUCUUUUCCAAAUUUGGAAAUCAGUUCAAUGGAGAUUGAUCAAUCUUUAGAUGCACCUUUAACUACUAAAGAUACCCUUUCUCUUACUGGAAAUUUACAAAAUAAAAAUGGAAUUGGUGGUGGAGCAUUUGCUACAUCACUUCGUCAUGUAUCCUCGCCAACAUCUUGGAGUGAAUAUCAAUUUACUGCUGGUCAUGGGCCUCUGUUUGGAAUUAAAUGGUUUAGAUAUUUAACUAAGCGCUCAUUUUGCACCAUUACUGGAUUAUGUCACUAUAAAUCCGGUGAAUUAACGCCAGGAAUCGAAGUUGUUUUGUAUCGUCAUCUUGAUAAGAAUCUCGAAGGAUUCGUGACUUGGAAAUUUGGGUUAGAAAGCUGUGUCAAUACCACUGUUGUUUGGAAAAACUCUAAACAUGCCGUAAUCAGUCGAAUCCAAUUUGGAAUUCCUAAUACAUUUAUUUCGAUGAGCUAUACUCGCAAUUUACCUUUCAACGAUACUAAAAUCAAAUGUGGAAUCAAAGGAGGAUUUUUCGGUGCUAUCGUUGAAUAUGGUUGGGAAACAAGAAUAUCUCAACAUUCAAUAGCCGGUACUACAAUGUCCAUUGGAACAACCUCUGGUGUUUCUUGUAAACUAAGACUGAAGCGAGCAAAUCAAACUUAUACUUUUUCCAUUCUCCUUUCGGAAAUUAUUAUACCGUCACCUAUUUUCUAUGGAACUCUUGUACCCAUAGCUGCCUAUUUUUGUGCCAAGUCUAUUGUGAUAGAUCCUUACAAUGAAGCUGAAAAGGAAAAAGAACUGAGAAAAGCGAAACAAGAAAAUGCUGUUGAACUGAUUGUGCGGAAAAGGGAAGCCGAAGCAGCAAUUGCGCUCAUGUCCGAAACGUAUUAUAGAAAUGUUAAUUCUGAAAAGGCUAAAUCGGGAUUAAUUAUAGAGAAAGCAAUUUACGGUUCCAUCAAAACUAUCUCAAUCAUUCUUGAGAAUCCUUCUGAGGAAUCGUCACCAAGUCAAUUAGAUGGUAUUCACGAUGUAACGAUACCUACACAGUGUCUCGUUCAAAACAGUAAUUUAAUACUACAUAGUGCGUCUAAGUCUAAUCUUCCUGGAUUUUACGAUCCAUGUUUUGGCGAAGAUAAAGGAUUAUUAAUUAGAUAUAAAUUUAAAAAUGAUGAUCAUCUAAUCGUAAUUAAUGAUGAUGAAAAACUAAAAAUUCCAUCUCAAAAUCAUAAUGUUAGAAGCAAUUUUUAAUGCCUGUUGUGUUCAAUAUUCUUGGAUCGGUAUAACCCGUGCCACUCAACCAAGCUUCUUAUUUCUGUGAAUGUCUCCUUUUUGGAGGACAAAACAACGAAAAACCUUCUUCGUUCGUUCAAUUUUUAACAUCAAACCAUGGUAAAUAUCUAUUAAAUAGAACAGCUCAAGUACAAAUCUGCAAAGAUAUCAAUUUCUCUUUUUUCAAUCUUUGUGUUAAGAUGCGAGUUAGAUGUGAAUUGUAGACAAACGAUACUAAAUACAAUGCAAAUUUUUAGUGAACUCAUUUAGAAGGAAACUAAGACCAAUUUUUGUAUGAUUGUACAUUGAAACGACUAUUAAAAAUUGUAGCAAAACAUUAAAAAUGCUAAGCUGAAGUUUCAAGUUUGAACUUUUCACUUAGCAACUUCACAGUUUAUGAA